AUAAACUCCAACACUCUCUUCCUCUCACCGUCUCUCUCUCUCUCUCUCUCUCUCUCUCUCUCUCCAGUCUCCACUCAAAAUAUAUGGAAAAAAAAGUACCAACACAUAUCGGAAUAUCUAUUUGAUCAGAUCAGACACAGUUCAUAGCUGCCUACCUUUAUUUUUGUAAAUCCGAUUCGAGUUUUGUAAUCCAACUCCGAGGAUAAAAUAAAAUGCGCUUGAUCUGUUUUCGGUUUCGUUCCAAACACUUCCCAGAAGAUAGGUGCUUGGAUGGGAUGGUCAGCUGCAGCACAGAGUAUUUAGUGGAUAACAAAUACUAGUUUCUAUAAGAUUUACCUGGCUGAAUUAUGGCAUCUGCAAGUCUAGGAAAUGGAGGAGUGGGUAGUUCCAGGUCUGUUAAUGGUUUCAAAAGUUCUUCUAGUUCUGUUGAUUGGCUCGGGAGAGAAAUGCUUGAAAUGAGACUGAGAGACAAGGUGGACCAUGAUGAAGACAGAGAUAGUGAACCAGAAGUAGUUGAUGGAGUGGGUGCUGAAACAGGGCAUGUGAUAAGAACCACCAUUGGUGGUAGAAAUGGUCAAUCAAAACAGAAUGUUAGUUAUAUUGCUGAGCAUGCAGUUGGAACUGGUUCUUUUGGUGUUGUUUUCCAAGCAAAAUGUCGUGAAACUGGAGAAAUUGUUGCCAUCAAGAAGGUUCUUCAAGAUAAGCGCUACAAGAAUAGGGAGUUGCAGAUUAUGCAAAUGCUGGAUCAUCCUAAUAUUGUGUCCCUUAAGCAUUAUUUUUUCUCAAAAACAGACAAGGACGAACUCUACCUCAAUCUUGUUCUUGACUAUGUACCAGAAACUGUUCAUCGUACAGCCAGAAGCUACAGCAGGAUGAACACACGAAUGCCUUUAAUAUAUGUUAAACUCUAUACCUAUCAGAUAUGCAGAGCACUUGCCUAUAUACACAACUGUAUUGGUAUAUGUCACCGUGACAUCAAACCUCAGAAUUUACUUGUGAAUCCACAUACGCAUCAGUUGAAACUUUGUGAUUUUGGGAGUGCAAAAGUGCUGGUGAAGGGAGAACCCAAUGUUUCUUACAUCUGCUCAAGAUAUUAUCGUGCUCCAGAACUCAUUUUUGGUGCUACUGAAUACACAACUGCUAUAGAUAUAUGGUCUACUGGCUGUGUGAUGGCUGAAUUGCUUCUUGGACAGCCACUUUUUCCUGGUGAAAGUGGGGUCGACCAACUUGUUGAAAUCAUUAAGGUUUUGGGGACUCCAACAAGGGAAGAGAUCAAGUGCAUGAACCCAAACUACACCGAAUUCAAGUUUCCCCAGAUAAAGCCUCAUCCAUGGCACAAGGUCUUCCAAAAGCGUUUACCUCCGGAAGCAGUGGACCUUGUCUGCAGGUUCUUUCAGUACUCUCCCAAUUUGCGAUGCACUGCUUUGGAGGCUUGCAUUCACCCAUUCUUUGAUGAAUUGAGGGACCCAAACACUCGACUUCCAAAUGGCCGUCCACUUCCACCCCUCUUCAAUUUUAAGCCUCAAGAGCUCUCGGGUGUCCCCCCUGACGUUGUGAAGAAACUUAUUCCGGAACAUGCUCGUAAGCAGAAUUUAUUCAUGGCGCUGCAUGCUUAGCUACCUUUCCCAGGUUUCUUCUGCCACGCCAUUUUCAUUUGUAUCAUCAUAUAUGUUAUCAUCAUAUGUAAAAAGCCAAAAAAAAAAAAAAAAGUACCAUACCCGUGUCUUCUUCAUCGUUCUAGUACGAAUAGUGUGUUUGAAAACCAAGUCAUUAGAACAAAGGAGAUCCAAGGCUUGGAGUGCCUAUGAACCUGUUUUGUUUUUGUUUUUUUUUUUCUUUUUUUCCUUUGAAGACAAUCGUCUUAAUUACUAUAACCUUUUAUGUAUACUUAUUUGUGAGAUGCUUUACUAAGUUCAUGUCAUCGUCUUUAAAUUCAGGAUUCAAAUUUUAACAAUUAUAAUUUUCCUUAUUCUUA